AUGGGAAGUCAAGAGCAGCAGCAGAGAGUGAGCACAGAUGGAGGAGCUACACGCAUGGCAGCCAUCUAUUCAGAGGCCACACCACCACCCACCAAACACUUCGACGUUGACCAUAACAUUGACCCCAAAGAUGAUCAACAGAAACCGGGAUGGAGAAAGUUUCUAGCACACGUAGGCCCUGGCUUCCUUGUCUCUUUGGCCUACCUUGAUCCUGGCAACUUGGAAACUGAUCUGCAAGCUGGAGCCAAUCACAGAUAUGAGCUGCUUUGGGUGAUUCUUAUUGGACUGAUCUUCGCUCUCAUAAUCCAAUCGCUUUCAGCAAACCUUGGCGUGACCACAGGAAAACAUUUAUCAGAAUUAUGCAAGGCGGAGUACCCAAAGUUUGUGAAGUAUUGUCUGUGGUUGCUAGCAGAAGUUGCCGUCAUAGCUGCUGAUAUACCCGAAGUGAUUGGCACAGCCUUUGCACUAAAUAUACUGUUCAACAUUCCUGUUUGGACCGGAGUUCUCCUCACUGGUUUCAGCACUCUCCUUCUUCUAGGCCUGCAGAGAUAUGGGGUUAGGAAGCUGGAAUUGUUGAUAGCAGUGUUGGUGUUUGUAAUGGCUGCCUGUUUCUUUGGUGAAAUGGGUUAUGUGAAGCCUCCAGCAUCUGGUGUGCUCAAAGGCAUGUUUAUCCCAAAGCUCAAUGGCCAAGGAGCCACCGGAGAUGCCAUUGCCCUCUUGGGUGCCCUCGUUAUGCCGCACAACCUUUUUCUCCACUCAGCUCUUGUGCUUUCUAGGAAAAUUCCAAAAUCUGUCCGUGGCAUCAACGAUGCGUGCCGAUAUUUCUUGAUAGAGAGUGGAUUUGCAUUAUUUGUAGCUUUUUUAAUUAAUGUUGCCAUCGUCUCUGUAUCCGGCACCGUUUGCCAUGACACCAACCUCUCUGAUAAGGACACCAAAACUUGCAGUGAUCUUACCCUCAAUUCUGCCUCUUUCCUUCUCCAGAAUGUGCUGGGACGGUCAAGCAAAGUCAUUUAUGCAAUUGCACUAUUAGCCUCAGGCCAAAGCUCCACAAUUACAGGCACAUACGCAGGACAAUUUGUCAUGCAGGGUUUCUUGGACAUUAAGAUGAAAAAAUGGGCUAGAAACCUAAUGACCAGGUGCAUAGCAAUUACACCCAGUCUCAUUGUUUCCAUUAUCGGCGGCCCUUCAGGAGCAGGCAGACUCAUUAUCAUUGCAUCGAUGAUACUCUCUUUUGAACUCCCAUUUGCUCUAAUCCCACUACUCAAAUUCAGCAGUAGCACCACCAAGAUGGGACCCCACAAGAACUCAAUCUAUAUCAUUGUGGUAUCUUGGAUUCUAGGCAUGGGAAUCAUAGGCAUCAACAUCUAUUACCUGAGCACAGGGUUUGUGGGGUGGUUGAUCCACAGCAGCCUGCCAAAAGUUGCAAAUGUGUUCAUUGGGAUCUUAGUGUUUCCCCUGAUGGCCAUUUACAUCCUUGCAGUCAUCUACUUAACCUUGAGAAAAGACAGUGUAGUGACAUUUAUUGAGCCCACAAAGAAUGACCCAGCAGCCCAAAACCAAAUGGAAAGUGGGCUCCCUUAUUCUAGUGGGCCCCCAGUGCCCUUCAGAGAGGACUUGGCUGACAUACCUCUACCGCAAUAG